AUGUCCAACACCACCCCGAACACCACCCAGAGCCCGGCCGGCACCAACGGCAGCAACUCUGCCGCCACGACUCAGCAGACCCUCGGGCUCCCGGUCUACAACGGCCUCCGCCUCGAGACCUACUUUUUGUUCAUUUAUGGCGAGGACGUGAUCCACCACGCCAUGGACACGGGCGACCUCGCCGAGAUCGACGAGGAGGACCGGGAGAUGUUCAAGAGAUGGCUCAACGGCGAGUACGAUGAGGUCGACGUUUGA